AUGGAUGGCUCCCUCUCCCACCAUGAUCAUGAUUCUCACACGUCAUCAGAUUUCGGUAGAAGACGUGGUGGUUGGAUCACCUUCCCUUUCAUCACUGGGGCCUUGGCAGGGUUGACACUUGCAGCUGGAGGGUGGCUCUCAAAUUUGAUUGUGUAUCUGAUUCAAGAGUUCAAUGUGAAGAGCAUUGAUGCUGCUCAGAUUUCAAACGUCGUUACUGGUUUUUCCUUUCUUUCCCCAGUCAUUGGAGCAAUAAUAGCUGAUUCUUUCUUUGACUCAUUUUCCGUUAUCUCCAUUUCUUCCUGCAUUUCCUUGCUGGUAAUAAAAGUCCCUAUCUAUUUGUUUACAUUUGCAAUUGUUUAUGUGUUAAAACCUCAGCCUUAG